CCCCUCCCCGUGGGCCUCGGCCCCAGGCCCUCAGUGAAGGGACUUCCGGCUUCUCCAGAAGGGGGUCCUCCAGCCCUCCUGAGGGGCACCGUGCACCUCUGUGGUUGGGGGAGCUCCAGAAAGGGGUUAUCCAGCCACUUCUCCUUGCGUUCAGGACCCUCAAAAGAUUUAGCACAGGGAGCUGUCAGAGAGACCCGGUGCUGGGCAGUUUAACUCCGCAAAACAGUUCAUUCAGCACGUGUUCGUAAGAAAACGUCCAAAACCUGUAGAAAAUUCUUAUAAGCGUUUAUUUGAGCCAAACUGAUGACAGUUGCAAGAUCUCAAAGGCUCCGGACAGUGACAGUUUGCAGUUUCUUUUAUGAAUUUGAAAUGAAGGCGGGAACUAAAGAAGAGGACAUGGAGGUGGGAGAAAGCAAGGCGGCGGUUGGAUCACGGGGAAGUUCAGAUCACGUGCUCGCUUAUUUCAGAGGUAAGUAGUCACAAGGAAUCGGAUGCCCCCCAAAACCAACUCUGAAAUGACCUGUCACCUUUAUAAAAGAGAUGCUGAAGAACAAAGUGGGCAAUGUUUUGAUGACACUUAAGCAAAUACGUGAAAGGAUGCCGCCCCUCGGAGCCUCGUGCAGGGGGCACUUCUCUAAGCUACUGGUAAUGCGCACGGCUGGAUCUCAGUGGAAGACGCCCAGCAUGAGAGGCUACUGCUGCUCGAGUCCAUUCAUGGUGCAGGAACAGCAACCAGUGGACGCUGCCUUGGCGACCGUUUGCCCCACGCUUCGCCUGGACCCUUGCUCUACCCCUGUGUCCGGAAAUGAGGAGAAGACGUCUGUGAUCCCUGAGGGGAGGAAGCCGCCAGCCUGUUCUUCUCGGAGGUGACAGUCAUCGGCGGGCCCUGACCCAAAGGAGCCGCUGAGCUGGAGGUGCAGGGUGGAGCUGUCCGGACACCCAGGCCGAUGGGCAGGGAAGCCAUGGUGCUGCCAGGACACGGCGGGCGGACGACGAGAGGCGGCUGGCAGUGAGGGGGCGCAUUCCCCCCCAGCUCUCGCACUGUGGGACCAUGCAGCUUGGGACAGGACGCCCCUGAGCGUGUGGGCACUGUCCCCUCCCGCCCCUCCUUCCCUCCAGGGGCUGCGGCCCAGCCCCCCACCCAGCACCCCUGGGCAGGCUGAGCGGGGUCUCCGCGAGGGCAGACCCCAUGGCUGGGAGCCGGUGGGGUGUGCUGUGGGUGUGCGUGACGGCGGCUGCCCUGCUGCACGCGGGCGGCCUGGCCCGCGGUGACUGCUGGCUGAUCGAGGGCGACAAGGGCUUCGUGUGGCUGGCCAUCUGCAGCCAGAACCAGCCGCCGUACGAGGCCAUCCCGCAGCAGAUCAACAGCACCAUCGUGGACCUGCGGCUGAACGAGAACCGCAUCCGCAGCGUGCAGCACGCCGCGCUCAGCCGCUUCGGCAACCUCACGUACCUGAACCUGACCAAGAACGAGAUCACCUACAUCGAGGACGGUGCCUUCUCGGGCCAGUUCAACCUGCAGGUGCUGCAGCUGGGCUACAACCGGCUGCGCAACCUGACGGAGGGCGUGCUGCGCGGCCUGGGCAAGCUGGAGUACCUGUACCUGCAGGCCAACCUCAUCGAGGUGGUCACGCCCGGCGCCUUCUGGGAGUGCCCCAACAUCGUCAACGUGGACCUUUCCAUGAACCGCAUCCAGCGGCUGCACAGCGCCACUUUCGCGGGCCUGUCCCGCCUGUCGGCCUGCGAGCUGUACAGCAACCCCUUCUACUGCUCCUGCGAGCUGCUGGGCUUCCUACGCUGGCUGGCGGCCUUCACCAACGCCACGCACACCUACGACCGCAUGCAGUGCGAGUCGCCGCCGCACUAUUCCGGCUACUUCCUGCUGGGUCAGGGCCGGCACGGCCAGCGUAGCAUCCUUACCACGCUGCAGUCCGUGUGCACCGACGGCGCCUAUGCGGCUGAGCCCCGCCUGGUGCCCGAGCGGUCGCCGCCGGGCCGUGUGCCACCCACACCGCCGGAGCCCAGCGACGCCCCUUGUGCCGCGGACGAGUGCUUCUCCGGCGACGGCACCACCCCGCUGGUGGCCCUGCCCACACUGGCCACCCAGGCCGAGGCACGGCCCCUCAUCAGGGUCAAGCAGCUGACACAGAACUCGGCCACCAUCACGGUGCAGCUGCCCAGCCCGUUCAACCGCAUGUACACACUGGAGCAUUUCAACAACAGUAAGUCGUCCACUGUGUCCAGGCUGACCAAGCCCCAGGAGGACAUCCGCCUGACCAACCUCUACACGCUCACCAACUACACCUACUGCGUGGUGUCCAGCAGCUCGGGGCUGCACCACAACCACACCUGCCUCACCAUCUGCCUGCCCAAGCCGCCCAGCCCGCCGGGCCCCGUGCCCAGCCCCUCCACGGCCACCCACUACAUCAUGACCAUCCUGGGCUGUCUCUUUGGCAUGGUGCUGGUGCUUGGCGCCGUCUACUACUGUCUCCGCAAGCGCAGGCACCAGGAGGAGAAGCACAAGAAGGCGGCCGCCGCGGCCGCAGCCAGCAGCCUCAAGAAGACCAUCAUCGAGCUCAAGUAUGGGCCGGAGAUGGAGGCGCCCGGCCUGGCCCCACUGUCCCAGGGCCCGCUGCUGGGCCCCGAGGCCGUGACCCGCAUCCCGUUCCUGCCGGCAGCCGCCAGUGAGGUGGAGCCGUACAAGCUGGCGGAGAGCGAGACGCCCAAGGCCAGCAAGGGCACCUACAUGGAGGUGCGCACCGGGGAGCCGGCGGAGCGCAGGGACUGCGAGCUGGGCCGGCCGGGUCCCGACAGCCAGGGCUCGGUGGCCGAGAUCUCCACCAUCGCCAAGGAGGUGGACAAGGUCAACCAGAUCAUCAACAACUGCAUCGACGCGCUCAAGUCCGAGUCCACCUCCUUCCAGGGCGGCAAGUCUGGCGCCGUGUCCACUGCCGAGCCGCAGCUGGUGCUGCUGUCCGAGCCGCUGGCCAGCAAGCACGGCUUCCUGUCGCCCGUGUACAAGGACACCUUCAGCCACGGCCUGCAGCGGCACCACAGCGUGGAGGCGGCCCCUGGGCCCCCACGCGCCAGCACCUCGUCCAGCGGCUCCACGCGCAGCCCCAGGGCCUUCCGCGCCGAGGCCACCAGCGCGCACAAGGUCGCGGCCACCGAGGCCAAGUACAUCGAGAAGAGCUCACCCGCUGCCGACGCCAUCCUCACUGUGACACCCGCCGCCGCUGUGCUGCGGGCCGAGGCCGAGAAGAGCCGCCAGUACGGCGAGCACCGGCACUCGUACCCGGGCUCCCACCCUGCCGAGCCGCCCGCGCCACCGGCGCCCCCACCCCAUGAAGGCCUGGGAGGCCGCAAGGCGUCCAUCCUGGAGCCUCUGACGCGGCCGCGGCCCCGCGACCUGGCCUACUCACAGCUGUCCCCACAGUACCAGCACCUGAGCUACUCCUCCAGCCCCGAGCACAGCUGCAGGGCCCCCCACAGCAUCUGGGAGCGCCUCCGCCCCAGCCGCCGGCGGCACAGGGACCACGAGGAGUUCCUGGCCGCCGGCCACGCGCUGCGCAAGAAGGUCCAGUUCGCCAAAGACGAGGACCUGCACGACAUCCUGGACUACUGGAAGGGCGUGUCGGCCCAGCACAAGUCCUGAGCCCCCAACUCGUGAUGCCCACGGGACCAAAAAGGACACAAGCCCCACUGCAGCUCUUUGUAACCCAGAGACUGUCACACGUGUGUCUCUCUCUCUCUCUCCCUCUCUCUCCCUCUCUCUCUCUACACACACACACACACACACACACACACACACACACACACACACGGCAGCACUGGGGCCCCACGUAGAAAGCAGGGAGGGGGCGCAGACACUGACAACAGCAAAUGGACCGUGGCCACGUGCACGGACCUGCCCUGAGACCGUCUCACUGGUGUGAGCGGCCUGUCCACACACACGCACACGCACACACAAGGGACUUCGGAAAACUGUGUCUUAGGGAUGGGGGUGGGGGAGGGGAAUUUGUUUUUCAGUAUCUUUCCUCUUGAUUCUUCUCUGCCUAUCUUUUCCUCUCUAUUUUCUUCCUUUUUUUUUUUUUAAAAAAAAAACAACAGAAGUAAAGUUCUCUUAAAAAUUAAGACAUAAAACACCAGACGUGGGGAGCAUGGCCACCUGGCUCCUCGCAUGAUCUCCGUCCGUGGUUUCCUGUGGACUCUGUUCAGUCUGUGUCUUCAAUGCCACCUCUGGAGGUCACCAAAGAGGGGAUCGUGAAAGCAGGCGGCCAAGUGGCGUCUGGGAGGCCCUGCCGCCCUGGGGGACUCACGGGGGGAGGGGUGUGCCUGCGGACGGCUGGGGUGGCUGG